AUGGCAUUUGCUAAGCCGGGGAAAUAUGCCUCAAAGCUCAUUGACAAGAAAGUCCUGGUGUUGGGUGGUACAUCUGGGCUCGGCUUCGCUGUGGCGGAGGCGGCUUGGGAAUUUGGAGCAAAAGUCACUAUCUCUGGCUCGAGGCAACCGAAGGUGGAUCACAAACUCUCGGAGAUGAAAUCAAACAACCCUGCCGGAGAUGUGUCCAAACUCCAAGGUUUUGCCUGUGACCUUGGGAACAAGGAAACCUUGGAAGGAAACCUCAAGUCUCUUUUCGACCAGGCCACAGAUAGCGGCACGACGAAACUCGAUCACAUCGUCUUCAGCGCUGGAGACGCCCCACCUAUGAAACCCCUUGCAGAAGUGGACGUCGCGUACCUCCACGCGGCCGGUUUGGUUCGUCUUGCUGCACCCUUUAUCAUCGGCAAACUCUGCGCCGCUCAUGGAUAUCUCAAAUCUUCAGCCUCGUCAUCGAUCACGUUUACCUCCGGGAUGAGCGAGUCGAAACCCGGAGCAGGCCAAUCAAGCAUGCUUGCUGCAUUCGGUGGCAUCGAAGUCUUCACCCGCGGUCUAGCGGUCGAUCUCGCUCCCGUUCGGGUCAAUUGCGUCGCGCCGGGGGGGGUGGAUACGGAGCUUUCCCAAGCCUUCGGAGGGGAGAGCUUGUUGAAUCAUUUCAGAGAGAGGAGUACGACGAAGACGGUGGGCAAGCCGGAAGACGUGGCAGAGGCGUAUCUCUAUAGUAUGCGGGAUCAGUUCGUCACGGGCACGGUGAUUGAGAGCAAUGGGGGUGGACUAUUGGUGUGA